AUGGCCAUGAAUCGCAUCGAAGGCCAUAACAUCUAUAUCGGAGGUAUAUUCUGCCUCAAAAACAAGGCCGCCUUGGCACGCGCAAACAUCACGCAUGUUCUGUCGGUGCUACGACUCAAUCAAACCGAGGAGACAUUUGGACCCUAUCAGCACCAUUGCAUAGAAGUCGAUGAUGUCGACGACGAGAACCUUCUGGAGCAUUUCCCAGCCGCCAUCAACUUUAUUCAGUCUGGCUUAGAUGCCGGUGGAGGCGCCCUAGUCCACUGUGCGAUGGGCAAGUCCCGCUCCGCAACUAUCUGCAUCGCCUACUUGCUCCACCAGCAGCCCAAGGCACUCACACCGCAAUCCGCGCUGGCUUCUCUCAAGGAAUGCCGACCCAUGUGUGAGCCUAAUGAUGGGUUCAUAGAACAGUUAUCGGUUUACCACGAGAUGGGCUGUCCUGAUGAUGUCACUGAACACCCGCUUUACCAGCGCUGGCUGUAUCGCCGCGAGGUCGAGGAAAGUGUAGCGUGCGGCCGUGCUCCUGAAAUGAAGUCAGUGCGGUUUGAAGAUGAGCAGCCCCUGCGGCCCCAAGAGGACAGUGGUCGAACGGUCGAGGUGAAAUGUCGCAAAUGCCGACGCAAGCUCGCAUCUACUAAAUUCAUCAUCUACCAUGAGAAAAAGCAACCUAGUGCCAAGGUCAAGGCCAACCUUGAAUGCGCCCAUAUUUUUCUACACCCGCUGACAUGGAUGCGUCCGAGUCUCUUCCCGUCAGAAGAAGGAUCAAAAAUGGAAGCGGAUUCAUCACAUAGUGGGCAUCCCGAUGAUGCCCCACUAUCCGGGCGUCUGACCUGCCCUAACACGACGUGCGGCGCCAACAUUGGGAAAUUCGCCUGGCAGGGCAUGCAAUGCAGCUGCGGCAGCUGGGUGGUGCCUGCUAUCGGCCUUGCCAAAGCUCGAGUCGACGUUACCAACCGAGUUAAUCUCGCACGAGGGCCUGGCAAUCUUCCCCCCGCUCUAGGCAUCCGUCUUCCCCCUGGGAUGCGGGACGCCAAUGAGUCUGGCGCUGGCCGCGGCAACCUCUGA